AUGCCUGCCAACAACAUUACUUCCUCACCCUCUGGGGCUGGCCCCCAGUCCCAGCAAUGGAACAAAGGCCCUCUGCUAUUUGGAGCCUGCGCUACGCCCGAGUUUACCCUCAUCGACGAUGGCCCAACUGCCUACUACGCCGCUUUUGUCGGUUGUAUUAGCGGCAGGGAAGAGUGCUGUCCGUUCCAGACGCGCGGCGUCGCCCCUAGCAUCACCUCCCGCCCAUGUUUCCCUGAGCCGCUGAACAGCAGAGACGCUUUCAUGGAACAUUGUCCCUCGGACUACCACAAGGUUCACGGCCACUGCUGCCCGAGGCAGGUCUCGCUUACCCUUCUCGUCGUUAGGGAGAGAAGUGCCGACUAA